AUGAUCUCCGAUGGCGACCUCUACCGCCUGGCCAUCUUCCUGGGCUCCUGCGCCAUGAUGAUGAUUGUCUUCUACCACUUCCUCGAUGUCAAUGCGCGCGACGACAAUGAAACCGAGAACACAAAGUCCAAGCAAACCAAAACCACCGCCGAGACCGCGACGUCAUAA